AUAAAAAUGAAAUUCUUAUUCUAAUGUGAGUAUUUACAAUUCAUUCCCAGCCUACAUCAUGUUCAGCUUGUUUGUGAGUGUUUUAUCCUUCUCAAUCUUAUAUCAGGUGAACUGCUAUGGGUACGAUAAUGGAUAUUAUGGUCUCGAUGACUACCAUGGUUACGGUCAUGAUGGUUAUGGAUAUGGAGGUAUUGACCAUGGAUAUGGUGGACAUGGAUAUGGUGGUUAUGGCUAUGAUUGUGACGAAUAUGGAUAUCCUCUACAUGGCUAUGGCUAUAGUGGAUAUGGAUCUCCUAGCUACCAUAAGAAGGGCUAUAAAAAGAAAAGAUCUACUUAUUCUACCCCGGAAUAUGGCAACUCUCCCUCAACUUAUGGAAAUUCAUAUGAACGUUCUUAUGGAAACUUCUAUGGAAGCAAGCCAUUAACUUAUGGAAGGUCUUAUGGAAACGCCUAUGGAAGCAAGCCGACAACCUAUGGAAAUUCUUAUGGAAACUCCAAUGGAGGCAAGCCGUCUACCUAUGGAAUCUCUUAUGGAAACUCCUAUGGAAGCAAGCCAUUUAACUAUGGAGGCUCUUAUGGAAACUCCUAUGGAAGCAAGCCGUCAAAUGGACACAAUGUUGCUCCAUAUAACACUUAUGGCUCGUCUUAUGGAUACAACCCCUCCUAUCCAACCCAACAAGGAUAUAUCUCUCCUGGAAACUAUUAAAACCUUGGCAUUAACUCAUGUAUUGAUAAUUACAAUAUAUAAGGUAUAUAAAAUUUUAAAUUAAACCUGAAAAAUACAUUUUAUAGAUUUUAUUAGUAAUUAUUUUCUUACCAGAAGAUUGUGAUGUAUUAUUUUAUAGAUAACAGAAUAAUAAAUGUUAUGAAUUUA